UCUGUCACCCGCUCCCUGUUAUUAAUGUCACUGUACAAGUUGGACAGCUACACAAGAUUCUCUCUGGCACUUUACAGACGUGCCUCUAAGUGGAUUGGCUGCAUUUGGAAGGCUGGGCUUUUUAACUGUUCUUUUCUAUGGGAGGAGGCCGGUCGAACACAGCCAAUAGCAGUGCACAGCAGCCACCUGUAGGUUUUGGGUUACUUGCCGGCUUUUUGCAUUUGGAUUACAUGGAACAAACAGCUCUACGGAGAAAGACACAGUGCUAUUAGCUUGUGCAGGUGUGAUCGGCACCUCCAGGAUGCUUUGUCUAAGUCUUUAUGUGCCUGUGCCUGACCAGUCUCAAGCUGAAUUCCAGUGCUUUGAGUCAGAGGGACUCCCUUCGGAACUGAAAUCUAUCUUUAGACUCAGUCUCUUUAUCCCAUCGCAGGAAUUUUACACCUACCGUCAGUGGAGACAGAAAAUCGUGAAAGCUGGUGAUAAAGACCAGGAUGGACAGCUGGACUUUGAAGAGUUUGUGCACUACCUUCGUGAUCACGAGAAGAAACUGCGACUGGUCUUCAGGAGCUUGGACAAGAAGAAUGAUGGACGAAUUGAUGCCCAGGAGAUAAUGCAGUCCCUCAGAGAUUUGGGAACGAAUAUCUCAGAGCAGCAAGCAGAGAAGAUCCUGAAGAGAAUUAGGACGGGCCACCGAUGGGGACCGGUUGCCCACAUGGAUAAAAAUGGAACAAUGACAAUAGACUGGAACGAGUGGAGAGACUACCAUCUCUUGCAUCCUGCUGAAAACAUCCCAGAGAUCAUUCUGUACUGGAAACAUUCUACCAUAUUUGAUGUAGGAGAGAACCUGAUUGUACCCGAUGAGUUCACAGUGGAGGAGAUUCAAACGGGGAUGUGGUGGAGACACUUGGUUGCUGGAGGUGGAGCGGGUGCCGUCUCGCGAACCUGUACAGCCCCUCUGGACAGACUGAAAGUACUCAUGCAGGUGCACGCUUCCCGCAGCAACAACAUGUCUAUCGUGGGAGGCUUCACCCACAUGCUCCGCGAAGGUGGAUGGCGCUCACUAUGGAGAGGAAACGGAAUCAAUGUCAUUAAAAUUGGACCCGAGUCUGCAAUCAAAUUCAUGGCAUAUGAGCAGAUUAAACGUUUUAUUGGCAGUGACCAAGAAACACUUGGAAUCCAUGAGAGGCUUGUUGCGGGAUCUCUAGCUGGUGUGAUUGCUCAAAGUAGCAUAUAUCCUAUGGAGGUUCUGAAAACUCGGAUGGCCUUACGCAAGACUGGGCAAUAUCAGGGCAUGCUGGACUGCGGCAAAAAGAUCCUGCUGAAGGAAGGAGUAUCUGCUUUUUACAAAGGAUAUGUCCCCAAUAUGUUGGGCAUCAUCCCAUAUGCUGGCAUUGAUCUGGCAGUUUAUGAAACUCUGAAAAAUGCCUGGCUGCAGAGGUAUGCCACGAGCAGUGCUGAUCCUGGGGUCUUUGUCUUGCUGGCAUGUGGGACAAUAUCCAGCACGUGUGGACAGCUGGCUAGCUACCCCCUGGCUCUGGUCAGAACACGAAUGCAGGCACAAGCUUCAGUUGAGGGUGCCCCUCAAUCAUCAAUGAGCAACCUCUUCAAGCACAUCAUAAAGACGGAGGGGGCUUUUGGACUGUAUCGGGGUCUUGCCCCUAAUUUCAUGAAGGUGAUACCCGCGGUCAGCAUCAGCUAUGUGGUAUAUGAGAAUCUGAAGCUCACACUUGGGGUGACAUCCCGAUGAUGUGAAGGAGCGGAAAGCAAUUGUCUGACCAUAGACUGCAAUCUUGGGUUGUUAACUCCCUGGAUGUGAAAAGUCCAGUCUUCAUUCUGUGAAUGCGUUGAACACUAAGACUGAUGGAGUAAAGCUGUGAUAAUCCACGAACAGAAGGAAGUGAGACUGUGCAUCGGAGCUCUACGAACUCUCAGCCCAAUCUGACCCUUGCUUUCAUUCCACCCCUUUACAAUGGGGGCCCAGUAGCUUCUUUUAAGCUGGAGCAUUGUUUACAUUUUUUCUUUUUGAUUUAAGUUUAAUGGCUCAUUUGUUUUACAAAAUCUCAUCCCUUCCUUUAUAUGUUUUUUGGUUUGUAGUUGCUCCAACGCAAGUCCUACAACUGCUUUUUGUGGAAUCUGUGUUGGAGUACAAAUAAUUUACUAAAUGCAGCUGAUCAAAAAUGUACAGGCGUCUUGACCAUGGGAUCUGUUGGCCUUCAGGACUCCUGGGACAGUGCAAGUUCUAAAGUUCCAUUAAAUGGUUUCCUUUUAUAGAAGUAAUUAUUUUACUUGCCACUUAAUAUGUGGUUGGAUGUGGGCCUUUCUUUUGAUUGGCCCAUUCAUCUAACAUUUAACACAGGUGGAUCUGCCAUUUCCAUACACUUUAAAACACCUGUAUUCUAUGUAGGAACACCUUGACAACGUGUCCUGCAGGCUGACAGACAUUCUGCCCUGAAGCUCUGCUGUGAUUCCUUGGCACUGAGACAGCUGGCCGCAGAAAGCAGCCUUGUAGCAAUUGGGAGAUCAGAAAUUACACUGUUCUGGUUUCCUCAUAAAGGCCAAACAAAAAAUUGUACAGCGUAUAAGUGCGGUUAUUGCACAGUAUCGGUGUCCGAGUGGAACAUUAUUUCUACCAUUCCUUAUUUUUGUCUUGUUUUUACUGCCUAGCCUGUAUAUUUAUUCUAUUUAUUUAAAGAAAAAUAACAUUGCUAUUUUUACAGACAUUAUAGUUAUAACUAAAGUAUUGUGGCCUUUUAAUUUUAUUUUACUAAUUUUUUUAUUAUUAUUAUGCUAGAGUAAUCCACUGAGAUUACGUGUGUCUGAUCUGAUUGUAGGCAGUUGGGUACAGUACCUCUGCUCUAAUGUUCUUCCUUAAAUGAAGCUUUCUCUUUAAAACUGCGGACUUUAAUCCUUCUGCUAAUUGCAAUAGAGAUUAAAGUCUGAGGUCACUUGACGUCAGUACCUGAGUAAGCAAGGUCAUUGUGUGCAGGGGAUGUUUUUACGCUGCACAGUUCAGACCUCACAAGGAUACUUUGCACUUUAAACAGUAGAAUAUUUUUGCUAUUCUAGUGAGUUGGUUUGGUGCUUUACACAGUUCUCAUUGCUUCAUUAUGUUCCUCUUAAUUCUAGCUCGUCCAAUUUCAUUAAUGUUCAUAUUACUAGUUGGGUUCUUGUUCCCAAUGGCUGCUUUUAAUAAUUGGAAUGCAGAGCGUUCACCAUCAUUUGGUCCCCUCAGUUACAUUAUCAGAGGUCCUGUAUAUUGACAAUUUAAUUUUGCCCUGAUUGCUGAUAUGUCUUGCUCAGUCUAUAUCCUAAUGUCACACACCUUCCUUGAGUAAAACCUAACAAUCCAUCCAUCAGGAAAUGUCUAUCCACACCCAAUAAUUUGGGAUUUUCAGUGGGUUUAAAUGUGGCAAUAACUAAAUACAUUUUAUUCUUGUGGGAAACUGCAGAUAACUUGUCUACCAACACUGACACUUUAAAUAUAUACCUCGAUCCUAAUAAGCUACGAGGUUACCAAUUAUCUGCAAGUCUUAAUUACUGACAACUUCUUUACUUCUAUUAAAGAACAAAGUUAAAUACGUUUAGCAUUCCUUUGAAAAAGUCUGACCUCAAUCUACAAAGUAACAUUGUAAUGGUGUCCAUUGCAACCUGCUGUUAUUGCCUGUUAGAUCGUUUUUUUCAGUUCUGCUGCUCCCAAAAAUUCUGAAUGUGUUUAGAGAUUUCUGAGCAAAAAUCAAUGCAAAAAAAAGACUCUGCGUCAAUACUAAACCUGCCUGUUGUAAACGGAAUCUGUAUAGUUCUUGCCAGAAGUGCUUGUACUUGAAUCCGUUUAAUAAAGUUGUUUAUAUUGUGGUAAA